UUUUGCCAUCAAAUUCGAAGUAAAACAAGGACAUACAGUAUUGAUUUGUCGUUCAGCACCGUGGAAACAUGUUGUUAGACGACUCUCUCUCUCUCUCUAUUGAUUUUCAGACAAACUAAGUCAGUUAUACUUAUACUUCUGCUUUUUUAUUUAAGUUUUGCGCAGUGAGUGAUUUACUAUUCGUGUCUACAAACCUAGAAGUUUCUAAUACCUAAUACAAAAUCACAGAAAAUAAUAAGCACCUACCGAGUUUGUCGCUAAUACUUUGGCCGACAACGGAAAUGCGCAGAAUAAAGGAACACCAACGAGGAUAGAGGAAUCCAUUAAAAGUAUAAGCACUUGUAAAAGAAACAACACAUCCAACGUCAUAAAUAAUUUCAUGGGAUGUCACAAUCGAUAGAGGGAAGAAAGGUCAGUGUUCCCAAGAUUUUAACGUUCCAUAUUAGACAGAGAGCGGGAACUCUUUAUCAAACACACCGGCAGCAGCGGCAGCUGCUGGUGGAGGAAGGCAAUAAAUAAUUUAACAAAGUUAAAAGGAAAUAGUCCCCUGACACUUAUAUGUAAAAAAAAAAGUCUUAUUGCACGCUGGGGGAAGCUACAUAAGACGAAGCAAUUCGAAGAAGCUUUCAGGUCUUUACCAAUAUUUGACCAGCUUCUACGCUUGAAAGAAACGCAAGUAGAUUAACAUUUGAAGAAAAAGGAGAGAAGAUGCUGAAACUCUGCCUAACACUUUCGGUCGCUUUUGUGCUACAAGGCAGUCGCGCUUGUGAGGAUAUAAGCAGGGAGCAACUACCAUUAUUCAGAAAAUUCAUCCCAGAUAACUGGAAUUAUUGGAAAUCCUUUUACUAUCAACCGAAUUUGGUUGUUCCAGAACAUGCCGGUCGAUACGAGUGGCAGACUCCACUAAACAAUCACGGAUCGCCCUUGGUGAAUCCUUUUCUGGAAUAUUAUUACAACGGAGAGAGAAACCGAAAUCGAUUUGCCAAUAUCUACGGCGUGAAUUCGUAUGAAGAAGAGAGUCUAGAGGGACGUGCAAAGAAGCCGUUAUCCAGCAUCAAUUCUCUUCAGAAAUAUUUUGUCAACAAGAAUGUGGUAGACGAAGAGGUAAACCGAGCGGAAAGCGAAAGCCGCUUCAUUUCAGGCAACGGAAUCUUCAAUAAUCAAUUGAGGCCAGGAAACAAGCUCGGAUUUCUUUUCAAUCUGGCCAAUCGGAUUCCAUUUUCAAUAAUUUCUAAUUCUGGACGCCCAUUCGAUGCCUGCACGACGCAGAAUGGAGACACCGGAAUCUGCACUUCAGGUUUCGUUUGCUCACUGUUCGGUGGUCGACCUAGUGGUUCCUGCUUCUUAGGGAAUAUUUGUUGCGUCAAUACGGUAAAUCAGUGCGGUGGUACGGUCACACUUAACAAUACAUAUUGGCAAUCGCCAACUGUUGCGAUAAAAUCUCCUACCAUAUGCGCACUGAAUAUCAAACUGGACACCAACUAUGUGGAACAGCUAGGAAAACCCAUUUGCCAAAUCCGAUUGGAUUUCGUUUCGUUCUCCAUCGCCCAGCCGACAGGCGGAACUUGCACCGACAGUUUUCAAGUUGGUGGGGCAACUACCGUGGCUCCCAUUAUCUGCGGUGACAACAGUGGGCAGCACAUGUACCUGGAUGUCCCAUCGUCAGACGUUACAUCCACCGAUGUUCAGCUGAUGUUUAAUUUUGCUACUGGAACCGCUGCUCCAAGUUCACGUUCAUGGAAUAUCAAAAUUGCUCUACUGCCCUGCGGCGCGGACUAUCUUGCACCAGUCGACUGCCUCCAGUACUUCACGGCUCCCACAGGAAGAGUCAGCUCGUUUAAUUGGAGAGAUGCCCCAGUUAGUGCUAUUCGCCAACUCAACAAUCAGAAUUACAACAUUUGCUUCAGGACUGAACUUGUCGACCGCCAGAAAGCAACCCAAAUCUGUUUAUCAGUUUGCGCGACGUCCAACGCCGGCGCCGGCUUUUCAAUAACCACCAAUGCCGUCAACGCCGGCAACUCUUUGCUAGGAGUUGGUAAUAGUGCUAACGGUUAUUGCAGUUACGACUUUCUUGCUAUAGUUGGAGCAACUGAUCUCUCAACCGGCCUUGUGGGAGACCGUUUCUGUGGAGAGAAAUUGAGUACAGCACGGGCACCGGGUGUGGCGGUCAACGGUCAACUGUGCACCAAGAUUAUGCCAUUCAAACUUAUCUACGGAACCGAUGGUACCGAAGCGGAAGUGGGUGCUCCGGCAUUGGUGUCGACGCCUGCUGACACCAAUAACGUCGGAUUCUGUCUUGAUUACCAAGAAAGAGCUAACUGAGUUGAUGCCUGAUGGGGGGAAAUUUAUUUCUGCAAAUUAAUGUUAACAAAAAUUGAGUAAUAUUUAGAGACCAACAAUAAUUCCCCAGAAAAAAUUUUUAGCUUUUAGUAUGACUGUUAUUGGUUGGCUGGUUUUGUGUAAACGCCGUAAGAUGACUGAAUAAAUAUUAUGACCCAACUUUAAAAUUAUAAAUUGUGAUGUUAGAUCAUGCUUUUUAACCUACUGAGAUGGCGGCCGAAUAAUAUAGUCAGAAAAGUAGCAAUUUCACGGUUUGGAUAACGAACAACACCGAAUAAAAGAAUAAGUAAUUUAAAAUAAAGAAUAAAAAUAUUGUGCGAUUGAUAAUGAUUUAUAUUCAAAUGACUCAAUAUGGUACAAGUUGAGCAUCUGAGAAACUACAAGGUCAACAGACUCAUGCUAUUUGGAUAUAAAAGUGGUGAAUAAGUGUUGACAGCUGGGUCUUUCUAUACCUCAUUCC